UACAAAUUUUACAAUAGCUACAAGAAGUAUGCUGUAUGAUGUGCGCAUGCCCAGUAGCCGCAUCUGUAUACCAAAGCUAUAACCAACAUUUGAAGAAACGAGAAAAAGAAGUAGGAACGAGAAGAGAUAUUAACCGCGAAAAUUGUCGACAAUGAUCAUAAGAUGCGGGGUCAUUUAUUUACUACUGCAUCUGGCAGGCAAAGUGUCUCUGCAGGACUCUGCAAAUGAAUUUAAUCGUGUUGUUGGAGACUCCGUCACCUUACCAUGCAUAUAUGAGAAUCAACAGCCAAGUACUGAUGUCAUUUGGCGACUCAAUGCGAGCAUUAAAGUGUUAAAUAUUAUUAAUGGCAAACCUUUAAUGGAAAAGCAGGAUGGAUUAUUCAAGAAUCGAACAGAAAGUUUCCCUUCAGAGUAUGCAAAGGGAAAUUACUCAAUUGAGCUGAAAGAUCUGAAGUUGACUCAUGCAGGAAGCUACUCUUGCUUUUUACAAAAGUCAAAUAAGGAAAAGAUCAUGCAGCUUUUUGUGAAAGAAAAGCCAACAGAAAAGCCUGAAAAACCAACUCAAAAACCAAAAAACUCAUGCAUGGAAACAGAGUCACUGAAGAUUAUGACUUUACUAACUGCUCUACUGAUACUUACUUUGCACCUUAUCUGAGUUUUGCUUCCAGUGCCUGUUACAUUUGGUAGUAUUUAGUGAGUGACUAGCUGGGUUUGCUGUUGACACUUGACGCUGCAGGUUUUAUUCUCAAUCAUGUAUGCUAUCAGCCUUGACUGUGCUGUUGACUUGGGUUUCAUUGAUAUGUUUAGUCUGUAUUAUCAGGGACCAAGAACCACAGUUAUUGUAUUCUUUUGUGUAUUUAUUAUUCCGAACCUGGGAAGUUCACUUCCAGAACCAUAAUUUACAGAUAAUGCACUUACCUCCUUGUCAUUCAAGAUGUUCAUGUCUUUCUUCAGUCGUAAAGGAAAUUGUUUUUUGAGGAAAAUAUUUCAUGAUUUCUUUCCAUAUAGUGUACUUCUAUGGUGCCUGUAAGUUUGAACUUAUCUAGUAAAAUGGUUAUUUUCUUUAAAAAAAAAAAAAAGUACAAUUUAUAUACUUUUUAACCUCAAAUGCUCAUCCUGUAUAGCUCUGCGAUGCACAUGCACAUCUCAUUUUCUCCUCCAACUUCAAAAUCGUCUUACAUCGCUGUGCUAUUUUUUGUAAGGGCGUUUGACCCUCUUUGCAUGUUCACUUUGUAAACACUGGGUCGGUACUUCUGCAGCAAUGUAGGACAAUUUUGAAGUUGGAGGAGAAAAUAAGAUGGGAGUUUUUCGACAUACCCUAACUGUCUUGAACAGGAAAAAAAACAUGCAUAGUUCACACAGAGCUAGACAAGACAAGCAUUUGAGGUAAGAAAGUUUAUAAAUUGUAAUUUUUUAAAGAAAAUAACCGAUCGCUUCGCUAGAUAAGACCCUUCUUCCUCAGCUGAGAUCGUUUAGAGCCCUUUGAAGCUGCAUUUAAACUGCAUUUUGGAAGUUCAAACUCGUAGCCACCAUAGAAGUCCACUACAUGGAGAGAAAUCUGUUUUCCUCAAAAAAACACAAUUUCUUUACGAUUGAAGAAAGACAUGAACAUCAGUGUUUUUACUGUUAGUGUGCUUGGCCUUUUAACCACUACUUCCGUCUAUAUUUUAUAUUGUAUUUGCUGUUACAUUUGUUUGGUUUACAUGUUUUGUCUAUGUAUCAAGUGCAUUGUUAGAUUUGCAAUUACAACACAACAUAGUUACAUUAUAUAUACAUAGCAAUUCGUCACAGAGGUAGAUAAAAUGUUGGCUAAGUUUUUGAAACAUUACAGCGCUGAAGAAAAAUACACUCACUGUACCUGCGCUGACUAACACACACACAAACUGCACACACUGAAAGCAGCAUUUCAGAUGCAAACCUGAAUUCAGGGCUCUUUCACAGCUUUUUGCAUUUUAAAAUUACAGCUACACUAUACAACUUUUUGGGGGUUAAAACAAACACGCACACACAGAUUCAAAAGACUUAAAACACAAGUUAUGCAGUGUUUCGUUUACAUUUGAUUAUUUAAUUUCUGCAGUAUUUUGUACCUGUAAGUGCUACUGCUAUUUGGUCAUGUUGCCUACCAGUAGUAUUAUUGAACACACACAUUAUUUUAUCUGUGUUUAUUUUGUGUUAAUCUGCAAAAAGUGUUAAUUUUGUUGAAAAUCUGCUGCACCAUUAAAAAUAAAAUGAUGAAUUUAG